UCAGGUUAUGUGACAUUGUGGAACUGCGGGACACCUUAGCACCGACGUGGUCAACAUUGGCUGUCUGAACUGCAGGUGAAAAAAGAGGGAGGGUCGCCGAUUGAGAUGCACCACGGCUGCUGGUUUUACGCGGGCGCACGCUUUUGCUCCCUGAGAGGUUACCAAACUGCCCGGCCGGUCUCAUGUCCGCUCCGUGGAUUUGCUUAACCUGCCAAGUGAAAUUUGGCCCGAUCGGCUGAGGGAGAGGACGGACGUUUCUCACAUCAAGAGAGUUUCUUUUUCUUUUCUUUUUUUACAGCGACAGAACCUGGAGUAAUGUGUUUAACUUAAAGUGCCUUUACAAGUAGACCUGCUCCUCUUGCCAACAAGGAGUCUAGUUCUUCUCACAAAGUGCCAAACUCUUAAGUUUACAGGUGGCUUUGCUUUCGCAUGAUGUACACAAUUACAAGAGGUCCCAGCAAACUGGUCACCCAGCGACGCACAGGGCCUACACAGCAGCUUGACAACAAAAUAAACGACUUCAAGCACAAACAAACGUCCUGGAGUAUGCCUGACCUUCCUGCACCCAAGAUAGUUUUCAACCGUCUGAAUGGUAAGAAGUACCAUCACCCUGCACCAGCUCUGCCCGCAGACAACCAGCAGGAAGAGAGCUUCACCCCUGCACAUGAGGAAAACGUCAAGUUUGUCUAUGACGCGUGGCAGGAGGUGGUGCAGCAGGAGGAGCAGGGGCCCGAGGCGGCCAGGGGAGCAGUUCACUAUAAAGAGACCACUCCCAGUCCACACAUGGACAACUUUGUGCCGAUAGAUCUGGAUGAAUGGUGGGCUCAGCGCUUCCUCGCCAACAUCGACAAGCUAUCCUGACACUCUUUUUGGAUUUGUGGAUCUUGACGGACGGUCAGGAGAUGGAGGCCUGAGGCAGGAUGGCUCACCAAGGAGGAGAGGAAGCCUGGGAGCAGCAGCUCUUAGUGCCCUCAUGUGGUUAAAAUGGACGGACAGCACUGGGACGCCGACAUAGAAACCACAGUCACUUCUCUUGAAGUCUAGCCUUUUAACUACAAUUCAUUGAACUCUGAAUAGUCAGUCUGCAACAGACAGCACACUGGAGGACGACGUCUUGAAGUUGAGGUUUUUCUCAUCUUACUUCCCGCACAACUGAGAUGUAAUGUUACUUUGAAAUGCAGUAAAAAUUGUCUUUUCAAGAAGCUCUGUACUGAUCAUCUUUUUUUAACCAGUCAUUAGAAUGGAACUGUUUAUUCAUCUUCAUAUACAAUGCUUUAAAAUUUGUUAAAUAUCCAUGUUUGACAACUGACAAUUCACAAUUGUAGCUAGUACAUCAGCUGAAUUCAAAUCUGUUUUCAUUACAAAAAAAUAUUCAGUUAAGAUUAAACAAUGAGAAAGGAUGGAAAGAUU